UAAAUGUUCCAUUAAUUUCAAAAUGGCCGAUAUUGCGGCAGUACCGGCGCCUGGCGCUGCACCGGCCGAAGACGAUGAAACAUGGCUUUAUGGUGAUGAAAACAAAGAGCAGAAGGAUCCAGAGAAAGAUGGCCAGAAGAAGAAAAAGAAAGGUGACGGAGAUGGGUCUGAGAAACCAGAAGACAAGGAAGAAGGGGAGAUGAGUGGGGAGGAAGAAGCUCAGGCAAAGAAUGAUGAUGACGAUUCAGAUGAUGACGACAAUGUCCAAGUCACCAUUGGCGACAUCAAACAGUGGACUGUCACAGAAACUCCCAGGAACCUGUUUAAGAGUGCCACUGGCUACCAAAAGCCAGCAGCAGGAGUGGCAGCAGCACAGAAGACAGUGGUGCCAGGAAAAGGGAUGGACCUUGAAGCCCAGGGCACUGUCAAUGGAGUGCCUACAUUUGAGUUUGACAUUGACAAUCUCUCAGCUGAAGACAAACCCUGGAGAAAUCCUGGUGCUGACAUCACUGACUACUUCAACUACGGCUUCAACGAGGACACCUGGCUGCAGUACUGUGAGAAACAGCGACGACUACGUCUGGAGAAUGGAGUGCCCCUCCUUGGCAACAAGUCACAGUCCAGGGACAGUCACUCUCACCACUCUCACAUUGGUUCUGGUCAACCCAUCAGUCGUCUCGGGGACAAGGACUCUGGACAGACUGGAUCCAGCAUACCUACUACAAGUUCAAUAAGGAAAGCUCAACCACCGCCAAAUAGAAAAUUGGGAGGUACCAUUGAUGUGAUUGGCAGCACAGUCCAUGAUUCUCGACGCCCAGGUCAAGGGUCAACAUCCAGUUCCAUACCUGUCACAGGGGUCACUCCAGACUAUCGAAAGUUCCAGCCACCAUCAGUACCCCCACCAGGGAUGCCGCCGAUGAUGCCUGACUACUCCAUGCCCCCACCAGGGAUGCCCCCACCCCUGGGGCUGCCUCCACCAGGAGUGCCUCCACCACCAGGUGUUGCUGUACCUCUCCCGACACCAUAUGGCUCAGAGCAGUAUGAUCCCUUCAGCCACCCCCCUCCUGGCUUCAACUACGAGAGCAACACCUUCACUCCAAAUUACACGGAAGGACAUCACCAGAACUUCCAAAGCUACGACGAUCGAUGGAAGUACAAUUCUGACCGACACACACGAGAUCGGAGUCCAGACCAAGAGUUUGGAAGCAGGGACAAUUAUUGGCGAGACAGGGAACGUGACCGAGAGAGAGACCGCAGUGACAGGGAUCGGGAACGAGAUCGGGACCCUUAUCGUGAAAGAGACAGGGGUAGGGACCGGGAUAGAGACCGAGACAGAGACCGAGAUAAAAGAAGGUCAAGGUCAACUGAUAGAGAUGAUUCUCGUCAUAGAGAUGAUAAGCACAGAACACGAAGAAAGCAUCGAGAUGAUGAGGACGACCACCAUCGAUCCAAGCACAGGAAGAGCAAGAAGCGAAGAGACAAGGAUGAGGAAGGGGGAGACUCGGUGACUACAGCUGAUGAAGGGGAUAAAGGGGAGUGAACUCCCCUCACAACAUCAGGGGAGGGAAAUGGGGAGAUUCUUCCAUUACAACCAUGGAGGAAGAUACAGGGGAGUUAACUCCUUGUCAUAUCAACAUCGGGGAGAGAAAGGGUUGGGGGGCAUUCUGUACCUACAGCCAGUGAGGGAAGAUAGAGAAGAGUGAACUGUCACAUCAACAUCAGGAGACGUAAAGGGGAAGAUUAUGUCGCAACAGCCUAUGAUUUUUUUUUAAAUUGAAGCUAACCUGCUUGUCAGGGAAACUAUUUGGAAGGGAGGGGAGUUAACUCCUGUUUCAGAUGAUGUGGAUCACAUACAUUAAUGUUUUUUUCAUGUAAGUGUUGUAAUUAAAAUGUAAUAAUGCUAUCAGAAAGUUAUGCAGUUUGAAUCAUCAGAUAUCACUACAUUGCCAACAAACCAGUGAAAAUCAUCAUGUCCAAAAGAAAUUACAAUAAAAAAAUGAAAACUUGAA